UCACUGGAGAGCAUCUUUGAGCCCAGCGGCGGGCUGGAGUGCAGGGUGAGGAGGACUCCGGGCGUGUUGGGGUAGUCCCAGGGACCCGGAGCCCGCCGGGGCGCUCGGGCGGAGCAGGGCAGAACAGCUACCGGCUGCUGCAGGCCCCGCCCGCCUUGCGCGGCGCUGGCCCGCUGAACGACUGUCCCUGGGCUCAGCUGACCGUGUCCCCAGCGCUAGACCGGCGCGGACUCCGCUACACACCUGGCUCUCCCAGCGGUCCAGAUCCGGAAGUGUGCUCAGGACCCGGAAGCCCAGGAUGCUGCUGCCCAAUGCCACAGCUAUGACGUCCUUGCUGAUCACGCUGGGGCAGAAGAUGGCCCCACAGGACAGCAGCACAUCCAGCCCAGCCCACAGGUCGCCGCCCAGUGACGACGGCGAGAUGGAGGCGCUCUACAUCCUCAUGGUGCUGGGCUUCUUCGGCUUCUUCACUCUGGGCAUUAUGCUCAGCUACAUCCGCUCCAGAAAGCUGGAGCACUCCCACGAUCCCUUCAAUGUAUACAUCCAGUCCAAUGACUGGCAGGAGAAGGACAAGGCGUACGUCCAGGCCCGGGUCCUGGAGAGCUACAGGGCAUGCUACGUCCUUGAAAAUCAUCUGGCAGUGGAACACCCCAAUUCACACCUGCCUGAGCUGCAGCCUGCAUCCUGAACCCCAUGGUGCCCAGCUAUGCCUAGGCAAGCCCCCACCUGACUGUCUGACCUUUCUAAUCAUGUGCCUGUGGUGGCAGAUUCAUCCUGUGCUUGUCAGCGGUGAGGGCCGAAUCAAUGACACUGCUCUCCUCAAAUCGCAUUCCUUCUGCUAAAGAUGUCCCCCAUUGCUGUCCCUUUCUUGGUCAGUGGACUAGAGUACCCAAGAACACAAGCUCCAUUUUCCAUACCUUGUGACAGACAGCAAGGCUGUGUGAUGGGGCCCUCACCAGCAAAAGUGGGAAUGAUGAGGGUCCCCCGUCCCUGUUCCUGGCAGCAGGGACGUGGAUGAAGUGGCAAACACGUAUGAUUCUGGAAGAAAACUCCAUGUUCCCCAAUGGCAGGACAACAGGAGUCCAAGAAGAAGGUGAUGGCCAGGGCCAAGUUAGACUCCAUAACACAGUGCGACUAACUCCACCUGUCCUUAAGUCAUUGCUGUUUUUGCCUUUAUUAAAGGCACAAAAUUGUCCUGCUAACUAAUAGACCUGACUUGUGGGACUUAACCCAAAGGCGGGCUUGUUCCAGUGUUUCACAAGCACAGCAAUGUUUUGGGCCUUGUCGCUUCUUGUUGGGCUACUGUGAGCCUAUCCAC